AUGUACCGCCAUGGUUCAACCGAUCCGACAUGCCCGUUUUGCCCUUUCUCAGACCUGGACGGGAACUUUGUUGCUGAGCACGUUCAGUACUGUCAUCCUGAGAAUGGACUGCAAACCGAGCAACAGGAAAUACCUCGGGUCAACAACGGAGUAUUCUCCAAACUCCAAAUUCCGGACGCUCAUGAAUCCGGUGAUGAAACCCCUACUAGCGAACACGCAAGUCUUUCCCACAGCCUGGAAGAGGAGAUGGUACUAGAGGAAUAUUUUGCGUUUGAGCAUUCAUUACCCAGGGUGCAAAAAGAUCGUGCUGGAGACAGAGUUCAAUCGCAUUACGUCUCCAGGCAAACUACUUUGCGCAAUGGUGACCGAAAUGAUCGAUGUCAGAGAACGCCUUCGACUCAGGCUUCCCAUGAAAAUAUCAAAAGACUCGGUCGCUCCGAAUUGGGACCUUAUGCCCAUGAGAAAAAAAUGCCUUUAUGGCUCUCCAAAAUGCUAGAAAAGGGCAACACCGCAUCUAAAAUAAACCUUAUCACGCCAGAGGGCAAACUUUCCAGACGCCUGAUUGUCGAAAACCAAACGCCCAAUGUUGUGUCGGCCCUUGCUCAUCUAUGUGGACAGGAUAAAUCUGUGCAGCGAGCCUUCUUUUGCAGCACUCAUGUCCAUCAGAUAUCCAAAAUGCGGAGGGAAGGGAGCUUUUGCGGAUACCGAAACAUUCAGAUGCUAAUCUCAUACCUGCAAGAGUGUCGUGGUCCUGGGCAUGAUCACUUUCCUGGUGCAUUGCCAACCAUCCUGCAACUCCAAGACAUGAUCGAACAUGCAUGGGACAUGGGCUUCAAUAGUGUUGGGAGGACUGAAACUGGGGGUAUAAAAGGAACCAGGAAAUACAUUGGCACCUCCGAAGCCCAGGCGCUCUUUUUAAGCCUUGGGAUCGGGUGUGAGGCAAGCAGCAUAGGGAAGACCAACGGGAUACCGGCUCAUAGCGCUCUACUUUCCCAGGUAGCUGCAUAUUUCAGGAGCGCAUGCCCUUUGGACAAGAACGAAAAGGUGGUUCUGACAAAUUUGCCACCUGUCUACUUCCAACAUCAUGGACAUUCUAUGACUAUCAUAGGUUUUGAAAUCCGAGAUAAAGGGCAUGCCAAUCUCCUUGUGUUCGACCCGACGUACAAGACGCCUGCCACAAUCAAACACUCUACCGCGACCACAUUCAAGACCCCUGAUCCAGCUCGAAUCUUGAAGGGAUACAGACGUGGUGGGGAGUAUUUACAAAAGUACCAAAACUUUGAAAUCCUCAAGUAUGUACCCAACUUUUCAAUGCGACUUGUCUGA